CCCGCGCCGGGUGAUGACGCGCGGGCCGUGACGUCGCGGGAGGCCGCGGCGGCGGUGGCGGCGGCCGCCAUGAACUGGCUGUUCCCCCUCGCCAAGGGCGGCGGCGGCGCCUCCGGGGGCCCCGCGGCGCUGCCCGCCCGCACCGGCCUCCAGCAGCAGAAGCAGCGGCAGAUCGAGGCCCUGCGCGCUGCGCACGCCGCCAUUGCAGAAAUUCAGAAAGAUGUGGAAUAUCGACUGCCCUUCACUGUAAACAACUUGACAAUUAAUAUUAACAUCUUGCUUCCACCUCAGUUUCCUCAGGAAAAACCCGUCAUCAGUGUUUUCCCACCUGUGAGACAUCAUUUAAUGGACAAGCAGGGAGUUUAUGUGACUGGUCCGUUAAUAAAUAACUUUACAAUGCACUCAGAUCUUGGAAAAAUUGUUCAAAGUGUACUGGAUGAGUUCUGGAAGAGUCCUCCGGUUCUGGCUCCUAGCCCAUCAUCAUUUCCUUACCUUUACAGCAAACCAGCUGGAAUGCCUCCAUAUGCUGCUCCUCAGGGGUUUCCAUUUCUUCCUCCAUACCCGCCUCAAGAAACAAACAGAACAAUGGCAGCUGUGCCUAUUUCUGAAUCAGUUUCUUCAAGCUACGCAACAGAUAAGCCUGCUGCUCCCUCUUACGGCUUGAUUACUGACCUGCCAUUACCUGUUCCAACAGCAGAAGCGGUGCUUCAGGUUGGCCAAAAUGGAUUUACUUACAAGAUGCCUGAUAUUCCUGAUACAUUUCCAGAACUUUCAGAACUAAGUAUAUCACAGCUGACCAAUAUGAAUGAGCAAGAGGAAGUGUUACUGGAACAGUUUGUGAGUCUGCCACAACUGAAGCAAGUCAUUACUGAUAGAGAUGAGCUAGUGAAAAGCAUUGAAGAGCUGGCAAAAAAAAACUUGUUGCUGGAGCCUAGUCUAGAAGCAAAAAGACAGAUAGUGCUGGAUAAAUAUGAGCAACUCACGCAGAUGAAAGCAGCCUUUGAAAAAAAGAUGCAAAGACAGCAUGAACUUAGUGAGAGUUGCAGUCCAAGUGCUCUGCAAGCCAGACUUAAAGUAGCUGCUCAUGAAGCUGAAGAGGAAUCUGACACUAUUGCAGAGGACUUCUUGGAAGGCAAAACAGAAAUAGAUGACUUUCUUAGUAGUUUCAUGGAAAAGAGAACGCUCUGCCACUGUAGACGAGCCAAAGAAGAAAAACUUCAACAGGCAAUAGCAAUGCACAGCCAAUUUCACGCUCCGCUAUAGGCUUCCUGCAGACUACACCUGCCAACAGAAGAGUGAAAAACCCAAUAAAGCACACUUUUUAAUAACUAUUAUUUGCAAAUAAGCAUUUCAUCUUAUGUGGUUGUAUUUAUAGAAGAGAUUGUAUACGGAGUUGGGACUGUUUUUGUACAAAUUAGAAUGUCUCUUUAUAUUCUCAUUGUACUCAAGAAUCCUUCUAUUGCAAUCUUUGCACUAAUUUCUUGUAUUUAUUGUUGAUAGUUCUUAUUAUAUUUAAGUUCCUGCUGCUAUACCCCAUUCUUCAAAGAUUAAAUAUCUGAACAUGUAAUUUUGACUAGCUUUUUACAUUUUUAUAAAAACAUAAUUCAUAUCUUUUGUAUUUUGAAAUUUAAACAGGUUUGGCUGUGGAAGUUUGAGAUAAACGGUGAUAGGGUUUUGGAAACUGAAGAAGCUCAUAUUUGAGAUAGCUUGUGAAUUUACUGACAGUCUUUUCUUGAAGCCAAAAUGUUUAAGAAUAAUUUUUUUACUUUUAGGUAAUAACACAAAACUAAUUAUAGCCUGUACUGUGUUUUGGAUAAGUAGAUUCAGAUUAAGCAAAGGAUGUGUUGGAACAAAAUAUGUUGGAAUCAAAAUGGAAUAAAUGAGCUCUGUGUAGAUUUAUGUUGCUCAGUAGCAGCAAUGCACUUGAUGUCAGGAGUGGCUUGGUACCUGGCACUGUAAUUAAACGCAACUUUCAUCUAAAAAUUUCAUUUUGAUAUUUGUUUUUACUUGCAGGAAGAUAAAAAUCAGGUUAUCUUCUAGCUUAUGUGUUAGGCACGAAUAAGUUCAUCGUGUGAGGAACUCAAAAGCACUUUACAAAAAACUAAUGCUGAAGUUCUUUGUGAAGUAACAGUUACUCUCUAUGUUAAAGGAACAAUGAAACUGAUUUGGCUAGGGUUGUAUUGUGUUUUAUGUUAAGGCCAGUGAUAAAACUUGGAACUGAGCCUUAAUUCUGCCUUUUCACCACUCAAUCUUGACUCAGGUGAGGAUGUUUUAUAGGAUGGGGUGUAUUGUGUGCGAGUGGAUAGGACCAAAUGCAGUAUUGUAAUAGGAGAAAAAUACAACCCCUAAGUACAUACAUGUAUGUUCUCUCUUGGUCUUGCAAAAAGACAAAUUCUUUUUCUUAAUCUUGUCAGUGAAUUACAUUUUCAUGGGGACAGUCAAGUUCCAGAAGAACAGAAGUAACUACAGUUCUGGAAGAGGAAUAAGGUAAAGAACUGAUUAAGUAAUCUGUCAGAAAGCCUGCUCCUUUCUUGUCAGAAAACAGUUUGGAGAUAACCUUCUUAGCCAAGACAGGCUAAGGUCUGUACCGCAGCCUAGUGAAUCUUCAAAUGGGGCUUUAAUCUCAGCCCUCUUGUACUUCACAGUUUUGUUGCCUGUCUUAAGCUGCUGCCAUUCAGGGCAAGUAUAAUAAUUGCUAGUGUUUGAGGUUUUUUUCUUUUGAAAAGCUGGGCCAAAUGCUGAGAUUGGAUGUCCCCAGGUAAAUACAACUAUUGUCCAAAUCAAAAAAGAUACUUAGGUGCCUGAAAAAAUAAGUAGUUUAUAAGUGCCACCAGUUAAGCAAUAAUGUACAGAAUAUUUAAAAAAAAAAAUACACACCAAAAACAUUUCCACUGA